AUGAACAUGUUGGAGGCGUAUGCUUGCAAAAUCAUUUGUGUACUAGAAAUUUAUCAGCGCUUUUCUGAACUACAAACUAACCUCGGUAAGCUAUCUGAGUGGAAUCUUAGAUUUAUUUGGCAGUUUGUUUUAGCUAGUUUGAUUUUAUUUCAGGUAAAUGGUGACAUAGUUAAGAAUCAUACCAAGGGUUAUUGUGUGUGGUACGAUCAAUGUACAACUGGGGACAAGCCGAUGAAUUGCCUUUACAAUGGACCGGCCAAGAAUUUAACCAACCCAAAAGGUGUGCAGAUAUUGAACAGUUUAUGCCCAGAAUUGAGGGAUCAACCAACUUGUUGUUCAACCAAACAACUGCAAUCGUUGGCAAAGAACUUGCAAACGAUGAUCCAACUAACCAGUCGUUGUCCCGCCUGCUGGAACAACAUGAGAAGGCUGUAUUGUCAGCUUACCUGCAGUCAGGAUCAGUCGCUUUUCAUGGAUCCAACUGCGGUGUUACCAUUUAAACCAUCGCCCUCUACUAAACAACAUAUCUUGGAAGUUCAAUAUUUUGUUUCACCUCAAUUUAAACAGGGUCUGUUCGACUCCUGCAAAGACGUCACUUUUCCUGGAAACAAUGAGAAGGUUUUGAGUCUCCUUUGUGGUACUACUGCCGAGCUGUGCACUCCAGAUAAACUCCUUCGAUACAUGGGAAGCCCAAACAAUGGAUUUGCUCCAUUCACUCUUGAUUUUCCAGACAAUCUAACUUCAAAUCUUUCAUGGAUGAACCAAACUGUUUUUAAGUGUAACCAGCCAUUUGUGAACCCACAAACAAACAGGACAGCAAGUGUUUGUAGUUGCCAAGACUGUCAGUCCUCCUGCCCUGUACGUCCUACUGUACCACCUAAAGUAAACCCUACCAAGAUUCUUGGAAUGGACCUUCUCUCCUUCAGCCUGCUUGUAGUUUAUUGUUUCUUGCUGAUUUGCCUUGUAAUCAGCUUUUUAUACAAGUUGACUUUGAGAAAAAGCUACCCCACAGUGCCUGAUCAAUCACAGCGAUACAACAGCACCUACCCUCCAAUAUCAGGAUCCUUGCCGCUAAUGGUGGAUUCUCGACCUGGUUGUUGUGAGCAGUUGGGCAGCAAACUAGAGUCAUUUGUGACUCGAUGGUUCACAAGAUGGGGUGUAUGGUGCAGCUCUCACCCGUUCUAUGUCAUUGUUGGAUGUAUUCUUGUUGUUGGAAUUCUUGCUAGUGGAUUGUUCUAUUUCUCUGUCACUACUGACCCUGUGGAACUGUGGUCUGCUCCAGACAGUACAGCACGCAAACAGAAAGAGCUUUUUGAUAAAAAGUUUAAGCCUUUCUAUCGCACUGAGCAGCUUAUAAUAAGCUCAAGAAAUCCUGUCCCCACAGGCUAUCAUCGCUAUGGAGACCAAAAGUGGGUUCCCUUUGGACCAAUCUUUCAUCUAGAUUUGCUAAACCAGGCUUUAGAUCUUCAAAACGAAAUUACCAACAUGAGAGUUCACUAUGAAGACACAAACAUCACAUUGCAAGAUAUCUGCUUCCAGCCUUUGGCCCCUCAGAUUCAAGCUUGUACCAUACAAAGUGUCUUUCAAUAUUUUCAAAACAACAAAACAAGGCUGAACAAGUGCUUAACCAGCAUGGGUCUUAACUGUAAAGAUGCUCCACACGACUACAGGGAAGGUGACUUUCAUGAUCAUAUACUAGCUUGCACAAAUUCGCCCACAUCUGAAAAUGAACCUAAGUUGAAAGAACCGUGCUUGGGUGCUUAUGGUGGACCUGUGAACCCCAACAUUGCGUUAGGAGGCUUCCAUAAUGGUGCCUAUCAAAAUGCUACAGCCUUGAUCAUAACCUUCGUUGUGAAUAACUUCAAAGAGAAGAGCAAGCUAUCCAAAGCAAUGGCAUGGGAAAAACAGUUCUUAGAUUUUAUGCACAGAUACACGCAUAACAAGUCCAAUAACAAUCUUACUAUAAGUUACUCUGCUGAGCGUAGCAUUCAAGACGAGCUGGACCGUGAGAGCAACACUGAUAUUUUUACCAUACUGGCCAGCUAUAUGAUCAUGUUUAUAUAUAUCACUAUAGCUCUGGGACAGUUCAAGAGUUGUGACAGAAUUUUGAUUGACUCCAAAUUUACCCUUGGAUUCAGUGGCAUCUUGGUCGUGUUAUUCUCUGUUCUUUCUUCAGUUGGCUUUUGGAGUUUUGUUCGUGAGCCAGCAACUCUCAUUAUCAUUGAAGUGGUGCCAUUCCUUGUAUUAGCAGUGGGUGUGGACAACAUCUUCAUUCUUGUGCAGGCAUAUCAGCGCCAGGAUCAACAUGCAGAAGGGGAUGUACCUCAUAAAAUUGGGCGUGUUUUGGGUGAAGUAGCACCAAGUAUGCUCUUAACCUCUUUAUCGGAGUCUGUUGCAUUCGCAAUAGGUGCAAUGUCAACUAUGCCAGCAGUAAGAAUAUUCUCACUUUAUGCAGCAGCAGCUGUUUUCUUUGACUUCUUGCUCCAAGUUACAGCAUUUGUGGCCCUGAUGUCUUUAGAUGCUAAACGCCAAGAGAACAACCGCUUGGAUGUUUUGUGUUGUGUAAAGCAGCCAAAAGAUGACAGCCAAGACCAUAUGAUUUGCGUUUAUACUUUCAUGAAGAACUACUUUGCAGAAGUUUUACUUUCAGACUACAGUAGACCUACAGUGAUUGCCCUCUUCACUGGUCUUCUGUUUGCAAGCAUUGCAGCUAUCCCUCACUUAGACAUUGGCCUUGAUCAAGAACUUGCACUGCCCAAGGAUUCUUACCUCUUGAACUGGUUCGGUGACAUGAAAGAAUAUCUACAUGUUGGUCCACCUGUGUAUUUUGUGGUUAAUGGAGGCUAUGAUUAUGAACAUCCCUCGGGACAAAACAAGAUUUGUGGCUCGGCAGGCUGUGAUUCCUCUUCUUUAGUACAACAAAUCUACAGUGCUUCACUGAUCCCUGAAGAAUCCAAGAUAGCUAUGUCAGCAUCGUCUUGGUUAGAUGACUAUUUCAGCUGGAUUGAACCUAACAGGGAGAACUCGUGUUGUCGUAUUAAGUACAAAAGGAACGAGACAUGUUUCCGUACAACAGUAAUGCCACCUAACUCAACUAACACAACAACUCCAGCACCUGCUGUCAUCUGCUAUAAUGAAACAACACCUGUAGUGCCUUACGUCUUCUGUAAUGCAACAGUCGAUGAUGACCUGUGCAAACCAUGCCUGAAUUUAAGCCAAAAGGGUCAGAGACCAACCCCAAAGCAGUUUGAUAAGUUCCUGCCAUUUUAUCUCAAGGACAACCCAGAGACAAAAUGCACCAAAGGUGGUCAUGCAGCAUAUGGCGACGCUCUCCUGUUUGGUGACAAAAGUGAUAAGUACCCUAUUCAAGCCUCUUACUUUAUGUCCUACCACAAAAUCCUUAAAACUUCACCAGAGUACACAGCAGCUUUGAAGAGCGCUCGUGAAAUUGCGAAAAACAUCUCGAAGACACUUGGCGUGGAAGUGUUCCCAUACAGUGUAUUCUACGUUUUCUACGAACAAUACCUUACGGUUGCGAAUGACACUUGGGAAAAUCUUUUGUAUUGUGCAGCUGCCAUCUUUGUGGUGACCUUCCUUCUCUUGGGAUUCAAUCUGAGCAUAGCGUUGAUAGUAACCUUUACAGUGGCUAUCAUCAUUGUCAAUUUGAUGGGUCUGAUGUACAUAUGGAAUAUUUCUCUAAAUGCCGUCUCGCUUGUCAAUCUUGUAAUGGCUGUUGGUAUUUCAGUAGAGUUCUGCUCCCACAUUGCGCGGGCUUUUACCGUCAAUGCACAACCAUCAAGAGUAGAAAGAGCCAAAGAAGCUCUAGCAAAAAUGGGCAGCUCAGUUUUGAGUGGAAUUACAUUAACAAAGUUUUCUGGGAUCUUAGUGCUUUACUUUUCCAAGUCUCAAAUAUUUCAGGUAUUCUACUUUCGCAUGUAUCUCGGCGUUGUUUUGAUCGGCGCGCUGCAUGGUCUCGUGUUUCUUCCUGUACUUCUGAGUUACGUGGGUCCGAUGACUUUAAAGGCAGUGACGGUGCUGGAAUGCGAGUCAUCGUUAAGGCCUCAUUUCUUAGAGGGCACAACGGAUGAUGAAAGGAGACCUUUGCUCCACUCCGAUCGCAGUGGAAUCCAGUGACCUUGGACUGUUAAAUUGAAAUUGUCAUUGCACAUGAUAUUUUGUCUUUUUAUGUUAUAUUUUAAACCUAUUGUAAUAACGCAAAAUUAAUUUAUGAAUAAGGGAAAAAAAGGCAAAUUAAUACUGAUCCUAAAGCGAAGAAGCUUUUGAAAGCUGUGUUUUGUGAGUGGUGUUUGUUGCAUUUGAUGAGGAAAAUAAAGUUCCAAGCCUUCUA